AUGCCUUUGUCAUUCAGCACCACCGCUCUUUUGGCGGCCUUGACUUCUACCGUCAUCGCCGCGCCCACCCCCGAAGCCGGGGCCGGGUUCAUUUCGAACGUCACUCCUGGCGCCCACCAAACCGGUGGCGACGAGUAUGUCGUUAUCUUCAACAACUCUCAAGCAAAAGUCCCUCAUGUCGCCGAAGUGCUCUCUCGCAUUCAGCUAAAUGUCGAGCACUCCGACGUCAGAUGGACUUUCAACAACUCGGUCUUCCGUGGCUUCGCCGCCAACAUGAAGUCCCAUUGCAUCGACGCCCUCAACGCCAUGGAGGAUGUUGCUCACGUCGAGAAGGCCGUCGAAAUUUCUUCGUACGACACCCGAUCGGGCGCCACCUGGGGCACGCAGCGCAUCUCAAGCUCUUCGGCAGUACAGGGCUCCGCGACUGACCUCGAUUUCACGUACGACUUCGAAGGCACCGACGGAACACAGGGCCAGGGUGUCGAUAUCUACAUCGUAGACACCGGCGUUCGCGUUACCCAUGGCGUUUUCGGAGGUCGUGCUACGCAAGGUUUCUCUGCAGACAAAACUGACAACACUGAUGGCGAUGGCCACGGUACGCACGUAGCUGGUACUGCUGCUGGUGCCGUCUUUGGUGUAGCUUCCGGCGCGAAUAUCAUUGCAGUUAAAGUUCUCAACGCGCAAGGCACUGGCCCGCUCUCUGACAGCGUCGCGGGUAUUGACUGGGUUGUUGACCAGCACAACCAGCGCAAGUCCCAGCCCGGUUUUGUUGGCAGCAUCAUGAGCAUGUCGUGGGGCGUCGGAAGCGUCUCCUCGUCAGUUGACUCGGUCAUCAAGGCUGCCAGUGCUGCUGGAAUUCACAUCAGUGUGGCAGCUGGCAAUUCGGGCGCCGAUGCCUGCAACUCCAGCCCUUCGGACAACGGCGGGACGAACAGCGCUGUCGUCUCCGUGGGCAGCAUCGACAUCGACGACGGCAUCUCUACCUUUUCCAACACUGGGAAGUGCACCGAUAUCUAUGCCCCGGGCAAGGACGUUAUCUCUGCGUGGAACACCGCAGACAACGUCAUCAACACUCUCAGCGGCACCAGCAUGGCUUGCCCCCACGUCACCGGUGUCAUGGCUUAUAUGAUGGCUCGGGAUGCCCAGCUCGCUGCCGACCCAGCAGCUCUCAAAUCUGCCCUUCUCUCUGCAGGUUUGAAGGGGGCUCUCACGGGUAACACCGAAGCAGGUGAUCAGAAGAUCCUUGUGUCCAACGGGGAGACAAGAACCGUGAAGAAGGCAAAACGUACCGUAACCAGCAAUAUCGCAACCUGGGCCAAGGAGCUAGUAAAGACCACGGAGAUUAAGAGGGGGGACCUCAAAUUCGCGCUCAAGAGCAGGAAAGCGUCGCUACGUUACUGA